AUGAAUAAUGGAAGCAAAACGCUGAUCCUAUUUGGAGUGUGGAUUUGGGUAUUUGGCUACUACUUGAGCGUGUGGAAUCUACAAACCAAGGUUUUACUAUGUUAUUGCAUUGUUGCGGCAUGUACGAUAAGUGUAAUAGAAUCUGACAAUACUAAUGAUACCAUUUUUGACAGAGUAUUACUGCUUAACAGGUUUAACAAAAUGCAUUAUCGGAGAUUCGCUGCGUUUUUGAUUGGAUUUCCUGGACUUUUCGCUUUGGAUUUCAAUCUAACAGGUUUAGGCUCUAUAAUGUUGGUAAUUGGCGGAUUGUAUAGAUUGGGUAGUGGUGAAGAAAGAAGCGAAAUUGAAUGUGGGUAUGACACAUGCUAUACAAUGGUGUAA